GGGCCGUGGCACCAAAUGCCACCUUUGAGUUCCAAGAAGAGAGACAGAAUAGGUAAGGAGUCAGCAAUUAAUGUACCAAAGAGGACUAGCAAUGAGCCUAUAUUCCUAAGCUUGCGGCACCCCAAAACAGAUAAUGUUUCUCUAUAUUUAUUAAGCAAUGAAGCUAGUGAGGUCUUCGAGGUAAAAGCUUUUAAUGAGCGAUAUCACUCCUGGUUUAUUGGCCAGUCAGUACAACAUGAUGGAAGACUUCUAUUUUUGACUCGGAUGGAUCCUGUAUUUCUUCUACUUCCAUACUUUUCAAAGUUUGGUAAAGAGGGAAAAUUUCAGCCUGUUGAACAAGUUGUAGUAGAUGAAGCCUUUCCUGGUUGCAUCCAAUUACUGAAGUGUUCACAAACACUACAGUGUCUCAGUCAUGUGACAGAAAAGAAAGAAGUUGGAAGUCAGUUAUUUUACAGAUAUAAUAAAGACAAGACUCUGACCUGGCUUAAGAAGAAGGUGGAUAAUACUGUGAAAGCACUGAAAAAUAGCAAUAUAUGCGUUGGUGAUGCAGUGAAAUCUUCAACAUUUAUCAGAAGUAAACGUACCACUGAUAUUCGUGAAGAGGAUUACUUGCGUUACGCUCAUGGCUUAGUGUCAGAAUACAUCUCUGAAGACCUCAGUAAAGAUCUUCUUAAAUAUUUGCAGCUUCCUGAACUUUCAAAUGCAACAGAGUUAGAACCACCAUCAAAGUACUUCAAAACUAUGCAUUACAGAAAAGGAAGCUAUCAGAUAAUCCUGUUGAAGCUGGAGAAGACUACACAAAAUUCAAUAAUGAUGAUCACAAAAAAAAGCCUACCAAAAAGAUGACACCUGCUCAGAAAGCUCUUGCUAAAGUGGACAAGACAGGAAUGAAAACCCUUUCGGCAUUCUUUAGCCCCAAAAGCAAAAUCUAAGAAAAGUUAAAUUGAUGUGUUUUUUUUUUUUUAUUGAAUAAAGGAUUGUUUUUGUUUCUAUU